CCAUCUUGACCUCACACUUGGUCAAUAACCCAUAUUUCUAUUUUGAUUUUCCUUCGUUCGUGUCCAUAGCCACUAUUUAAAUCGAAAGACAAUCAAUCAACCUGAACUGAAAAGUGUCAAAGCCAAAAACAAACUUAAGCGUACACAACAGCGACUUUCUAGACCCCUUUGUUUAUCCUUUCAAUUGUCAUGAAACGCGGUUUAAUCGUGUCUAGGUAUUAUAAAGAGGAUAAAGACGUUACAGAAGACGUGGAGCUUCAAGCUUAUCUCAAUGAAGUGUUACUAGACGGAACUGGACUGAAUGGUGGUAUUGGAAGGAUUCGAGGUUUGCCAGCAGGUAUUGAUUCCAAGGAAGAACUCUGUGAGAUACUUAGUCGAAUCAUCUCGCACGUGACAAUCUAUCACGCCUCGGUCAACUAUGUCUUGGCAGACUACCCUAAAUACAUUCCCAACCAGCCAACUAAACUGUACGAUGACACCAGAGUGAAAGAUGGAGAAUUCUCUGUUUUUCGCCUUCCUAACAGGCUGACAAGUGCUAUCCAAUCCUCAGCGUUCUUGUCCCUGGGAGAAUUUCGUUUCGAUUCCCUGUUUGACUACGGCAACGAGCUUCAAGACAUUAACGCUGUGAAUCUCGUCAAUAGUUACCAUAGUUACCUAAUGACCGUUGUUCAACCUCGUAUGCAAGAAGAGAAUGAAAUGCGGAAGAAGACUGGACAUCUGACAUAUCCAUAUUUUAUUCCAAGAUGGCUGCCGAAUAGCGUUCAGACCUAGAAAGCCUUGGUUAUGUUGGAUGGGGACAUGCGCUACAAAGCGUUAACCUACUGUUUUAAGUUCCCAGAAUGAUCAAACCAUACGAGGGCAUUUUGUAAAGGGUGUGGUAUCUUGAUUUAUUCCUUUGUAUGUAGUAACUGUGAUUAGUCACCAAAACUGUAGGUGAAAAAUUGUGUCUAUUUUGUUACGCAUACGCGCGAUGAAAGCAAAUAAACCUUGUGUAAUGUG